AUUGGAAGUGCUUGGCCACCCACUUUAAAAUUAUUUUCUGUGAUAAAAGACAGGAAUGUAGGAUCACCAGUGGGAAGAAACAGGGAGACCCUGUGCUUCUCCUAAUCCCAGAUUUACCCCACUGAAGUUCAGAGCUUUAUACCGGUUUACAUAAACAUCUCUCUUAACUCUGGCACUGAUCCCCCAGUACCCGCAGUGGGAGAGACUGAGGAGCUGCCACAGCAAACCGGGAAGUAUGUAACGCCCCUGAGGACGCGCAUCACCGAGGCAAUUUAAUCUGAUAAAACUCGGCUUUGGAAUUGCCCAGGAAGGUCUUUUGGGGAGUGUUGUGGGAGUGGGUUUUUUUGCGGAUUCGGGUCGAUUCAAGGCGGGGAUUGGGGAUUUAAAGGUUUGGGUUUUUUGGUUGUUUUUUUUUUUUUUUUUUCCCAGUUCUGUGGGAACGCCCUGCCCACACUCAAAAUGGCGGCGGCGCUGAGGCGCUGAGGCCGCGGCCCCCACGGCGCUGUCGGGCGGGAGCCGGCGGAGGGGUAAGGGCAGCCCGGGGCUGGGAGGACCCUCGGGAUGGAGCCCGGGAGCGCCGGGAAUCAACCCCGGGAGCAGCGGGAGGGAUCCCGGCUCCUCCUGCCGGGGGGGAGGCGAUUCCCGCCUGCUGCUGCCUCCGAGAGCGCACAGCCCUUCCCAGAUACCUGCACACAGAUACAAAUCUUGUGGCUGCACUUAAAAGCCAGAAGAUGAUGCUGGCUGUGCCAGCGGCACAAGGAGCAACACCGCGCGGCGACAUUUCCAGAGGAUGGUGAGAGUCGGUGCUGUGCCAGCCUUCAAUUCCUCGGGGGAGGAGCCUUUCCAGGGGUGUCCCGAAGGAUGGAGAAGAAAAUCCUGAUGAAGUCCAAGGUUGCUGCUCCCAACCUCCUGAGGGCUCUGCAUUCCCUGUACCAGCUCGGGCACCUCUGCGACGUGACGGUCCUCACCCAACACCUGGGAAUUCAGGAGGAAUUCCUGGCUCACAAAGCUGUCCUGGCAGCUUCCAGCAACUACUUCAAGGGGCUCUUCCUGCACCAGGAGAUGCUGGACACCCAGAAGUGCACGGUGACUCUGCAGGACAUCUACACUGAGGAGUUCACCUCCUUCCUGGAGUUCGUGUACACGGCAGAGGUGGAGAUCGAGGCAGGUAAACUCCAGCGGAUGAAGGAAAUAGCAGAAAGGCUGGAAUGCAAGGAUUUGCUUGACAUCUGUGAAGAAGUGAAGGCAGAGGGCAGGAAAGGCUUGGAUUUGAGCCUCCACCUGAAAGGGCAGAGGGGUGAAAACAGAGGAUCACACUGGCCUCACAUCCAGCAAGAGGAGAACCCGAAGAACUCUUCCCAGAUUGUGGCAAUUCCCAUGCAGAGGAAACUUUGGGAUAGGCAGAAACAUAAGGAGCUGCUGCCAGGCUAUGAGCUCAUUGGAGGCCAAGUAGGAGGCCUGGAGGAGGAGGCUACAGCUUUUCCAGCCCCAAAAUCCAGGCCAGCAAAGCUGCCCAAGUGCCACAAGACACAUUCCCCAAGCAGACUGGAUUUGGAUAUGACCAGCCUGGAAAACAAGGAUGGCCAUUCCCUCCGCAGGGGGCAGGAGCGGAAGCGGGAAUCGCAGGCAUGUCCCUACUGUGACAAGGCCAUCAGCUCCAAGGGCGGGCUGGCCGGGCACAUGCAGACACACACUGGAGACAAGCCCUACCGGUGCCAGCGCUGCCCCGCCAGCUUCGCCCACAGGGCUGCCUACACCUCCCACCUCAGGAAAAUCCAUGAGUCUGGGCAAGAGAGGAAACUCCUGCCUGUCUACUGGAUGGUGGUUCCACCUACACACAGCCCAAACCCCACAGUCUGUGACAAAGAUUGUGACAGAGAGACUUGGGAUGGGACACCAGAAACCUCAGGGUGUGAGGAAGACCCUGGGAAUUCAUCCAUUGCUGUAGCAGAAAGGAGCAAGGAGCAAGAGGAAUUCCAGGAAGCUGAAGGAGCUGAAGCAGGGAAUGAAGAUGAAGGUGGAAUGAGUGUGAAGGGCGAGGAGCAGGGAGACUAUGAUAUGGGAUACUCGGAAGUUGAAGGAAGUAGGGACAAUGAAGAAUGUUCUGAGGAAGAGGAGGAGGAUGAAGCUUCAACAGAAAAGGACAGCAAAGAACCUGAACCAGGGUUUAAACUAAAGAAGGCCAGUAAAAGUGUGGCCAGCAAGAAGUCCAUCUACGUGAUCCACUGUGACAAGUGCCAGGAGCAGUUUGUUUCCCGGAAAAAAUACGUGGAUCACUGCCGGGAUGUGCACCAGAGCCUGCCUGGCAAGGCGUACCAGUGCGAGGUGUGCAGCAAGGCCUUUGCUAGCUACACCAGCUGGAAGGAGCACUGCGCCUGCGUGCACAGUGAGGAGAGGAGGUUCUCCUGCAGCCUCUGCCAGGCCACCUUCAAGAGGAAGCGGGAUGUGAGGACUCAUUCCGUCCGGAAGCACGAGGGCAGAGCCAAGCGGCCACUGUGCUCUGUGUGCGGCAAGAUCCUGAGCUCCCGCACAGCGCUGGUGUUCCACAUGCGGACGCACACGGGCGAGAAGCCCUACGAGUGCAGCGUAUGUCACUCCAGGUUUGCUCAGCCCUCCCAGCUCAAGAUCCAUACCAGAUCCCACACUGGGGAGAAGCCCUACAUUUGUGAGGACUGUGGUGCUUCCUUUGCCGACAAAGGGAAACUCACUGGCCACAAAAGGACACACACAGGAGAGCGGCUCUUCAGGUGUGAUGUGUGCGGGAAGCACUUUGCCACUAACGAGUACCUGAAGUGCCACAAGCGCUGUCACCUGGGAGCCAAACCCUACAGGUGUGAAGUCUGUGGGAAAACCUUUGGACUCAGAGCCUCCCUGGCCCAGCACAGCAAUGUCCAUGCAGAGACCCGUCCCUAUUUCUGUGAGCAGUGUGGGAAGGCCUUUACGCAGCAGGGGGCUCUGCGGCGGCACCAGCGCAUCCACACCGGAGAGAAGCCCUACAAGUGCCGAGCCUGCGAGAGGACCUUCACCGACAUGUCCACCCUGCGCCGACACGUGGCGAUCCAUGACCGGAAUGCUCAAUGGAGAAGCUUCUUGAUCGACCUCACACACAAAAAAGACCACAAUUGGUCCAAAAUAGAGACUUUUGCAGAAGCACAUCCAGGAGAAGAUCCCAUGCCAGAAAUUUGGUCGGUUGACCACGGGAAACUUUAUAAACCAGAAAGUGCUAAAGCAGCAGCACAUGUGACACCUGGAGUUGGGGGCACUGGGGACACUGAGACCUCUCUUUUGUACUUAUGAAGUCAGUUUUAACCCCAAAAAUGUGCGUUUUGGGGCAGAACGGUGGGAAUUAUCCUUUGGAAUGCAGGGAAUCAUUCCCAGUGAUCACUGCAGCUGCCUUGGGAACUGCGUUACAGGUGGUAGAGGGGUAAUUCCUCAUGAGGGUAUUUAUUCCACUGAAAUGUUUGCAUCUGUCCAGAGGUUUGUUUCUCCCCUAGCUGUGGGAGCAUGCCAUUGGGAAUGCGCAGGGCAGGGUGUAUGUUUAUACAACAGCGCGGUGCCGCAGCUGUAAAUCACCAAUGCCUCCUUUAAUAAAGCUGUGAGUGCCGUCCAGC